GUAGUCAGACUCAAAGUACGAGUAGUACAGUUGGAGCCUCACCCAGGAAUGUUUACUGUCACACAGGCCGAGUGGUAAUAGACAACAGACGGACAAGUAACAUUUGUGUAUUUUACAGACAUGUUGCUCCUCUGCCUCAGUCUGUCCUUGUUCUGUGUUUGUUCAUCAGUUGAAAGAAGUAUGUGCUAUGGCAGCCAUUACACCUUGGACCUUGGAUUUUAUGGUGAAGAUUUCCGUGGGUCUGUGUUCUUUACUCCAACCAAUGGAGGGGUCAAACGGCUGGUGAUGAAAAAUGGGAAGUCAAUGGACCCUCGCUUCAGGACUAACUCUGAUGGUGGACUUGUCAUGUCAGGUUUAACAGAACAAGAUAAUGGGAAUUUUUCUGUCAUUUUGAAUAGUGGUAGCCAGCCAAAUCAUUUGACUACCUUGCUUGUUUCAGAUUGUACUGACACAGAAACAAACUAUUGUGGAAAUGUCUUCUCAUUGCGUGUUCCUAGAGGAGCUGAAUUUCUGGAGUUCACUCCUGACAAAAAACUGGAACAGGUGACAGUCGUCUGGAAUCGCACUGAUCCUAAUGGAGGCAGAGGAUCAGUGACUGGAUCCUACUGGGAGAUAACCAACAUCACUCAGGAAGACAGUGGCUACUACAAAUUCAGGGGGAAACACAACAGAUUGGUGACUUGGAAGAGGCUGUCAGUAAAGGAGAAUGAGAAAGUUCAUUAUCUACAAGAGGGUGAGUCUCUCCAGAUGGAAUGUCCCGCAAAAAUGUGGACCGUAACAUUUGAACCUCUGAAGGUGAUGGGCCACCAUGCACCGAUGGAAAUAAGACUCAGGAGAUUCGAUACUGGAAGCUUUAAAGACAGAAUGGAAUUUCGCGGCGAUGCGAUCGUUGUUGAUCCUGUAAAAGCUGAAGAUUCUGGUGUCUUUAAGUUUAGAGAUGUGAAAGGAAACCUGAUCCAGCGCGUGGAUGUGAAUGUGACCAUGUAUGAAAUUCCGGUGUGGAUGUAUGCUCUUUUUGUUACUGGUGUUAUCUUUGGGAUGAUUUUCUGCUGUUGUUGUAUUAAAAAGUGUUGUUAUAAAAAGAGCUCCUCUAAAAGAAACAACCCUGCUCCUCAGUCUGCAGCAGCACCUGAUGUGUAUUACCAUGCUGUGACUCAACCCACACAUCCUAAAUACUCUCGUACCUCACCUGCUCGGGUUUAUUCUCACCAGCCAGUCACCCCCCCUCCCAUCUACGCAGAACCUACUUCUACCUCUGGUGGUCCACCGGUUGCAGCUCCAGGAGGGCAGGGAACCACUCCACUUCCAUCAAAUCCAUCUGAUGUCAUCUCCUCAAACUCUGGUCCACAGUUUGAGCUGAAAGGAUUAUACUUUUCCUCUGCUUCCCCUCUCAGCUCAGACAGUGCCAUCACUGAUGUUUAUAGUUCAGAUAAGCUCAACUUUUUGUAAGACUCAUAAUGACAAUUGUGUUACAAACAAAAUAUCCGCCAUACAGAUUUUACACACAGCCAGACUUAUGUAAGUGUGUAUGAUCUUUCUUUUAAAGUACACAAAUGCAAUGACAUCAAAAUGGUUUAAGGCAGCAAAGCUUAAUACUUUUUACCUCACAGCUCUAGAUACUCUGGUUUCUACAAAUAAUAGGGGCAUUGUCACAGAUAUGAUUUAGGAGUGGCUAUAUAUAUAAAAGAGCAAAUAUGUACGUGUUAAAUUUGGGUUAAAGAAGGUGUGGGUUAAAAAAGUAGAAUGCAGUUUCUACUAAUGUUCACCCAGUGAAACAUUCAUACAUUUUAAAUCCAUUGGACAUAAGCCUUAGAAUAUUGCAUAAUAUUAAAUAAAUAUGAUUAAUAAUACAGAAAUAUCACACUUCUGAAAACUAGGUUCAUUUAUGAAGUCAGUACUUGGUCAGGGCUCCUUUUGAACAAAUGCCUGCAGUGUGGAGGCGAUCAUUCUGUGGUUCUGCUGAGGUGUUAUGGAAGGCCCUCAGCUCUGAUCUGGAUUGUUGGUCUGGUGUUUCAUCUUCAUCUUGAUAAUACCACAUGUGGUUCAUUUCAGAUGAGUUGGAGGGUCAGUCAAGCACAGUAAUACUACAGUCAGAAGACCAGUUUUGAAUAGUUUUGGUUCUAUCAGCAGAUGUUUAGUCCUGCUGAAUAAGGAAAUCGACAUCUCCAAAAGUCUGUUAGCAAACAGAAGCAUGAAGUGCUACAAAACUUCACUGUGGACCGACACCAGAAGAUGACAUGCCACCCCAAAUUAUUACUCACUGUGGAAACUUCACUCUGAACAUAUUAUAAUGUGGAUUCUUUGCCUGUCCACUCUUGCUCCAGACUCAGAGAUAUUGAUUUCCAAAUGAAAUGCAAAAUGUACUUUCAUGUGAAAAGAGCUUCGCCAAGUGCUUGAAACAUCCUUGCUUGAUGAUCUCAAGGGUGCAGUCAUCCCUGUUGUCCUUACACUUUACCCUACCUUGCUUUUCCCUUCUAGUCCGCUGUUCAUGAAUAUGCUUUAAUACAGCACUUUGUGUGCAGCCAGCUGUUUCAGUACUGAUCUUCUGAGGUAUUGCUACAUUGAGAACAAAAAGUGAGGACUGAAAAUAGUAACUUUAUACUCAUCAAUGCAAGUUGACCAGGAAUUAAAGCCACUACAGAACAACAGCUAAGCUUAUUCUUACAGACAUAUUUUAUAUGGGUUUUUCCAAAUCCUAUUUGUGUGCCAGUGGAUUUUUAUAUACGUGUGUAUUUGUGUGUGUUAUAUCAUUUUGAUAUAUAUAUGUAUAUUUUCCUAAAAAUAUAAAUCUUACUCAUGGAAGCUGUUACAUGAUCUUUAUUAGAGUUUUGCAUAAGCUGUUAGCAAUGUAUAUGAAUAACAUGAAAAUGACUAAUCUACACUUUAGGUCACAUGGCCCAGUUUUCACUCAAACCUUGACCCUAGUUGUGUACUUAACACUCAUACACUCCAGCAGUUAAAUCCACUAUACCGCAGUGAAUUACAUACUGUUAUUGUAUCUAUCUCACAGUCAUUUGGAUUUCCUGUUUAUAAGAAAUAACCGUCUCAUGUUAUUCAUUUACAAAGGGCUGUUGGUGAAACUUCCACACAACCUCUCAUCUCUCCUGUCAUUUUAAUCUGGGAUCCACAGGACACAAUAGAGUCAUGACCUAAGUUUAACCGUAGAUAUCCCUCAUGUCUGGAUCAGUUUUAAAGUGUUAGUAUCUAAUGUAGUUAAUGAUUGUUACUGAUUUGAUGUAGUUGUCCAUGGUGCUGAUUCUUACGGCCAGUGCUUUUGUGAAUGUUUCUUGUUCUAAGGUCUCUUCUGUAAAAGAGUUUUUAUUUUUUUUGAUACUACUGAUCUUUUGUCAACUGGAGCAUUUUAUUUAAACCCUCCUUGUCUUUGAGAAAGAGCCCUGGACAUAGCAUCAAUAAAUAAAUGACAAGUUUGGA